CGCACCUCACAAACCGACGAGUACUACUUGUAAAAAAAACAUAUGGAGAAGAAGGGAUGAUGAGAGAAAAUCUUACCCCGAUUUCAUGAUGGGAGCUGCCUCGAUCUGAGGGAGUAGAAGAGUAAUCAUUUGCUUCCCAUAGGAACUUGAUGCAUAUUCUUGGAUACAUCAACGAAGCUGCCUCCAUUUCUGACGAAGCCUUGCAAAUUUCUCAUCACCUUGGGUUCUCUUCUACAUAUACUACCUCAUAGCGCACAGCUCUGCACCAUUCUUAAACUCGGCAACAAUGGCAAGCGCCAAUGUGAGAUUGAAGCUUCUGAUAGAUUCAAAAGAACAAAGAGUGCUUUUUGGUGAAGCGGACAAGAAUGUGAUCGAUUUCCUCUUCAACCUUCUAUCCCUCCCUCUUGGGACUGUGAUUAGACUACUCAAAAAGCAAGGCAUGGUGGGUUGCUUGGGAAAUUUGUACGAGAGCGUGGAAACUUUGAACGACACGUAUUUGCAGCCAAACCAGAGCAAAGACAUCCUUUUGAAGCCCAAAGUCUCAUUCUGUGGUUCCAGUUCCACCAUGCUUUUGCCUAACAUUGAUCUAUCAGCUGCAGCAACUACCUUCUAUUUGUGCAACUCAACUGCUCAUGCAAACUGCCGCCGUUCGGUUUCUGAUGGUCCUAAUGCGAUUUGUCCAAAAUGUAAUGUUCCCAUGACCCAAGUGGGCACGUUUGUGAAGCCACCAAGUGCAAGUGCAACCACAGUGGCAGCCGCUAAGGAAGAUGAGGGGGGAUUUGUGAAAGGUGUGGUGACAUAUAUGGUGAUGGAUGACUUGAGUGUGAAGCCCAUGUCCACCAUUUCAAGCAUAGCCCUUUUGAACAAAUUUAACGUUAAGGAAGUUGGUGCUUUGGAGGAAAAAGUUGUUACUUUGGAUGUCAAUGAGGGUGUGAAAUUGUUGAAGGCCUCUCUCCACUCCAAGACUGUUCUCACAGAUGUGUUUAUUAGAAGGAAAAGCUGACGACUUGAAGAUGGUGUUCAGUUUGAUGAUGUUAUUAAGGCUAUCAAUUGAAGUGUAUAUUAGCUGUUGGCCCUGUGUUUCAUUUGUUGUGGUUGGUUUUGAAUAUUAUCUGAUCAAGCUUUUGGUGUUCAGUUUGAUGAUUGUAUAAUGCUAUAUAAGUGAUGGAACCGUGAAGAUGUUUUGUUAUGUAGUGUGGAUUUUGGACUUGACAA